CCCAAGUUGGGCUCUAGGAAUAGAACAUCCUAUGCGGUUUGGAUGCUUUUGAGCCCGGGAUAAAGCUAAACUUCAAUUCUCUCUUUCUCUCUCUCGAUUGAGCACGACGAUCUAUGGCGAAGGCGGCGUGCGCUUCAGAACUUCCGUUUUACGAGCCAACCGGUCCUAUUGUGUCCGGACCGCUAUUCGUGAAGGCAUACGGUUUACCACCGAGCACCACCACCGCUAACAACGCGGCGUACGCUUCAGAACUCCCGUUUUACGUGCCUACCGGUCCUAUUUUGUCCGGACCGCUAUUCGAGAAGGCAUCCGAUGUGCUACCGAGCACCACCACCGCAAACAACCCACCGCCACCGAUUACCACCGCCGCCGUCGCAAACAACCUACCGCCUCCGAGUACCACCACAGAAACCGCCAAUCCAUACCUGUUCCCUCCCGAAGCCCCGUCGUCGUUGUCGUCUUACUCGCCUCUAGGGUACUACGGAUUGAUGUUCGAUGUAGAUCCGAUCGUCGCCGCCUACAACUACAUGCCCGACCACCCAAACAAACCACCCAAGAGUUGGUUGGAGCACAUUGAAUGGGAACGGAAAUCAUUGGUAGCACGAGCACAAGCCCUGGGUUGGCGUGCUUCCUACACUUCCCAACAGCAGGAGGAGGAGUGUGGAGAAGGAGAAGAACAGCCAACAAAGAAGCCUCGUUUUUGCGCAAUUCCUUAUGUACUGCCUUCUCCCGAAGUACCAUGGAUUUCCGUUCGUGGCUUCACCAAAGAGGAGAGGGAGAUUUACAACAAGACGGUCUUCGAGAGUGAUGGUUUUGAUUGUCCUUACGUUCCCCCUGAGGUUUCUAUCCCUGGUAUGCUUAAGCCAGUUAAGGUGGGAGAUAUUCCUGAUGUAGCGUUGGAUGAAUAUUCUCAAAUAAAAGAACAGCUGAAGGGCUUGGAAGAUAUGGCUGACUUAGCUAUAAAACACUAAAAUGACCAAAAUGACAAGUCGUACCAGUUUGUCAAGGUCAUCAAAGCCAAUACAAGGUGGGAUGGAGGUAGUACCAAUAACAUUACCUUCCAGGCCAAGGACGACACGACUGGUUCUCCUCCACGGAACUUCCAAGCUCGCGUGGCUAAAUUUAUGGACAACACUAAGGUCCUCUUUUGCAGGGUUGAACAAGUAUCCAAACCACCCGGAGGUACUAAUUAUUUCAGUUAUUUUUGCUUUUAUGUUUCUUUUGAAUGCAUACCAUGGCUCUUGACCAUUAGUUGGUCCCUUAACUUGUUUUCUUGCUUUCCAUGUUAUUAGCCUUCUUCUUUGUUCACUGCACCGUUGCACCUUUCACAAAGCAAAAAUCAGCUGUAAGUUUGUUCGAAGCUGGAAAGGAGAAAUCAUUUUGCAUAACAAAGUUGCGAGCAUGUCAUAUCAUUUGCUCUCUGAAUAAUGUUUCUUUUGGCUUUAUCCUCAAACGCUAGUGGUGUUGACAAACGAUAGGAAGAGAACCUGGAUUUGUUCAGCAUAUUCAAGAUUGAUUUUCCCAUUCCAUGUCCAGUGUUUACUUUUGUCACCUUUGGUAGUUGUUCUGUGUUCAUGUUAUCUUGAGUUUCCCUUUCCAGAAAA